AUGAUGCUCUCGACGCUGAUCCUGCUGUGUCUGGUGGCGGCUGGCACUUCCAAACCAACUGUGGAAUCGAUUGCACUUCCGCAACAGCCGACAGUUAAAGUUCCAGCGACGACAGCUAACGAGACUCCUGUUCUUGAGGCGAUAGACGAUACGGUGAUCGUGUUGGAAAAGGCCACCCCUUUUGCCGAGAAGAUCAACUUUGACCACGCCACCGGCUGUGAAACCCUUCACGUGCCUGCACACAAUGGCAUGUACGAAGCGAACAUCAUGCACUGCUUUAACCAGGUAAGAGCAUUACCAACAUCAUGA